AUGAGCUCGAAUAAUAUCGGCCUCUGCUCAAGCUGCGCCGCCAUUGAUUUCGAAGACCUAUUUUAUUCGCAUCCCGAUGGCUUGGGUCCUGAAGACUCCGCGCGUGGAGCACAACACACACUACCGUGUUUAGGAACACUCCAGGAAAUACUUGAACGGGUGGAAACAUGCCAGUUCUGUAGACUUGUCAUUGAUACUUACAAAGAGAGAUUUAAGCGCAUGCCCUCGGGAUCUUCGGAGCAGUUUGAUAGCAAAACUGAACAUGAAGCUCAAGACGAAAUUGAGGAAUACGGUCUUUGCCUCACGUUUCAUGAUGAGCCCAUGAAAUGCUAUCUCGAACAGCGACCUUUCACGCUCGAAUUGGAUUACCUCCAUGAUUAUUCCGACGAGAGCGAUGUCGAUUCCGCUUUGGGGAAGGAGGGCGUCGGCCGCCUUUCGCUCAUACUGGAGCCUCGUCCCUGGAUGAGCGGAACAGCUCAACCCAUCAUCUUGCAGGCCAUCUGGCCCGAUGGCUUUCCUGAAGCAAAAGAGGCAAACGGUACCGGCAGAUACAUGUCUUGGGAGGGCACUGGCCGUCCAGUCGAAUCCCUGGUGGACCUCUCAAUCCCCCGGAACUGGAUACGCCAAUGCGAGGAGGUCCAUGGCGGCCUGUGUUCCAAGCCAAAGUGGCUGAGUGAUAACGACAAUGCAUGGCCCAAUCAUUGUCGAGUCAUUGAUGUAGAGGAUGGUAGAAUCGUGGAUUUACUUCCCACCAUGCGCUAUGUCGCCCUAAGCUACGUCUGGGGAUUAAGUGAGAAAGCAAUAGAGCUACGCUCAGAGAGACGACUGACACGAGAUAAUGUGUCUCGGCUUCAGCAACACAACAGUCUAGACCAAAUGCCAAUCCCGCAAACCAUCAGAGAUGCCAUGGCUGUUGUUAAAGCUACUGAAGAGCGCUACCUGUGGGUAGACGCCCUGUGCAUUGUACAGGAUGACCCUGAAGAUCUCAGUCAACAAACUGGACGGAUGGACCUGAUCUACUCCAAUGCUCUGUUCACCAUCGUGGCUGCUUGUGGCAGCGACUCCGAAUCCGGACUUGCAGGCCUCCCGAGUAGCCCGCGAGAUAUCUUCCAGCGCCAGGUUAAAGUCUCGCCAAGUGGACUACACAUCAUGCCCUGUCUUAACCUUUCGGAGGGAGAUACCUUGAAGUCCUCGAAAUGGAACACCAGGGGUUGGACGUUUCAGGAGCGGCUCCUCUCCAGACGUGCGCUCAUCUUCACCAACUCCCAAAUCUACUGGUGUUGCGAGGGCAGGACGUUGGAUGAAGAAUCCCUCCUGGAUGCACCCGGGUCAACAAUUGUGGCCACGGCCCAAGAGUUUGGAUGCUACGACGAGUGGGAAAGCAUUGAGGCCAAGUUCUCCGAGGAGAUAUAUAGUACUUAUAUAACACAGUUCUCAACGCGGCAAUUCACCUUUCCUUCUGAUGCCCUCCCGGCUUUUCUGGGCAUCAUACAUCGGUACGAGCAUCUCAACAAGCAGAAGCUCCACUGGGGAUUGAAGACCAUCAGGUUCGACCAGUCCUUGAUGUGGAGAUAUGGACGGGGCCGGCGAAGGGAGAUGUUUACCUACAUCUCAAAAGACUCGGUCGCACGCAGCGUGCCUUACCCUAGCUGGUCGUGGCUUGGCUGGACUGGGUUCAUUGGUGGUGGUGACAGCUAUCAGAUCCAUGAGGUUUAUGAGAAGAUGGAUAACGGGCGUCCCAUCCUCACUUUCUACUCAUUGAUGAGUGAUGGAAGUGUUUGUCCGAUCGAGCAAAGUGUCUCGGUAGGCGAGAUGGGCGUCUCUCCGAAAAGAGAUGAUGACACACUGAGAGAAGAAAGUAACGAAGCUUUGUCUAGUGAAGUACCUGGGUGCAGCAGUAGGCUCAGAUGGAAGGGCGACACGACAGUGUCUGGGCCGAUAAGAAUGGGGGAUGUUUUACUUUCUUCGGAGUUUGAGUCACUUGACAUGAAUAGUGACGAGACAUCCCAGAGUCAGAUACCGUAUGACACAGGACGCCUAGUAUUUUGGACAAGCCAUACCAGGGCUCAGAUAUACAUCGACACUGACGACAAGCCGCGCAUCGAGGCACAAGGACAGGCCGUAGAGCUAGAUGUGAACUUGGUCACGGAGGUUAUGCAUACUCGCCGCUACUUCCCAGUCAAAACAAUAGGGAAAGAUGCUUUUAAGGGAAAAAGUUCAAGUGAGAUAAAUGCUCUGAUACCGAGACGUACAAUCGAUCUCAUCAUCAUUUCUCGCUGGUUUGGACCAAACGGUGGUAUGGAGACGCGGAAGUUGAACUUUCUCGUUGUAGAGGAAAGGGUGUCGGGUUCGGGCGUCUGGGGUCGUAUUGGUUUUGGGUUGAUUGGGGAAGAUGAAUGGGAAAAGUUGGAGCUGGAUUGGAGGUUAGUAAUUCUUGAGUGA